CCUUUAAAUUCUAUUAAAAAAAUAUGUGAACCUUGUUUUUCACAUCCAGGUGAAGACAAGCAGUCCUUCAUGCCCUCCAAAGGAAAAAUUUAUGGCACCCGUUACCGAAGGACAUAAAACCUAGUGGCGCCAAGAAGAUUGGUCUAUUGGGAACGGGAGCAAGGAAAAACUAAACAGAGGAACACCAAAAAUACUAAGAGGAAUGUCUGAAUAUGUAUGAGAAUUUAUGGAUAUGUAGUAGGAUUCUGUUUUUAAGGGACAAUCCUUUGUUAGUAGGAAGAGCCAACCAAACCAAAGUGAGCUGGGACCCCCCAGCAGCGCCUCUCUGCCGUCCCAACUGCAGACCUCGCUGGGAGCCUCCUAACUGGGAGGGACUUGAGUGAGCCUGGAGAGGCUGGAAGGAGAUUGGGGAUUGGAAAACGGAGGAUGGAAUGAGAGCUCCUGAGCGGCAGCGGCCGCAGCCCCUCCCCGUGGCCUCAGACCCAGCUGGGACCCCCCGCUCCGACCCCACACUGAUUUUGGAGGAGUCGUGUGUCCCCCCUCAACCCCGCUGCCACUCUGCCCACGCCUGGCUGCUCCCAGUGUUCCCAGUAAAGCUUCCCAGUUGGCCUCAGUCCCGUUUAUUGAGGAGCAGCGGGGAAGGAUUUGGGGGAUCCCGCAGAGGAACCUUGACUGGGGGGAGCAGAAGAGACCCCAAGAUGGAUCCAGAAUGGGGACCCCCGUGUGUCCCCCCCGUGUCACCUUGCUCUGCGGGGCCACGGGAGGCACCUGAACCCCAGCACAGCGCCCAGCAAACCCCAAAAGGUGCCGGGACCCCCACAAAGCCACCAGAGAAAUUUGGUGAGGGUGCGUGUGGGGAGUGCCCAGGCCGGGCCAAGAGCCCACAACUGCCCCAGUCUGACCUGCCCUGGUGCCUCCCAUGGGAUGGGACCGCGUUGGGAAAAGGAGGGCUGGGCUCCGGGCCCGGGGAGGUGGGGUGGAGGGAGGGGCGGAGCAGGAGAAGGGACAGAGGAGGAGAGCUGAGGAAGGAGUGGGACAAGGACAGAAGCGAAGACGGAGCCGGGAUUAGAAAGGAGGAGGAGUGGGACCCAUCCCAACACAAUUACAGGGUCCUAGCCCCCUCUCCCAAUUGUUGGGGAUCCCAGCCCUCUCUUUUCCUCUACGCUUCCACCACUUCCCCACUGCCCCUCAAUCCACGGGUCCUGUUCCCCAUGCUUGGUUUUGGGAUUUCCAGGCCCUUCAGUCUGGGGGUCCCAUCACCUUUUCUUUCAACUCAGGCAGCUCCUGGCAGGUUUUCCUUGGGAGGAAUGUCUGAGUUUUGGGAUUUGUGGAGUGCAGUUCUGGAGGAGGACAGCUCUGUCUGGCCUUCCCCUCCUUGUUGUGGCCUCUCAGCUGCCCCCCACACCCUGGGGGUGCUGGGAUUUCCUUCCUGGACACAAGGACGUUCAUUCCCUUCCAGGAGCCCAAUGCCCGGCUGGGGCUCCAGGCCAGGGGGUCCUUUAGCAGCUGCCCCAGAACCUCUGCCAGGGGCUCCCAGCGCAGCCGCAGCCGCAGCCGCUCGGCCUGGGCUCCCCAAAGCCCUCAGCAAGCCCCAAGUCCCUGCCAGGAACCCGCAACUCCCUCAAACACAGCAUCCCCCACAGCCCCUGCUAGUUCCCCCCAUGGCAGUGGCCAUGGCCAUGGCCCCACAUGUCACUGGCCAUGUCCCACCAUGUCCUCACCCAUGGCUGUGUCCCCACCAUGUUUCCAUCCUGGCAUUGUCCCCCACAUCUCCAUUUGUGCCUGUGUCCCCCCAUGUCUUCAGGAAUGGCCACGUCCCUGUCCAUGUCCAUGUGUCCCCAUGUCACUCUCCAUGUCUCUGUCCCUCAAUGUCCCCACCCAUGUUUUAGUUCAGUGUCUUUAUUUUUACCCAAAUGUUGUAUAUUUUAAAGGGAUGAAGAGUAAAGAAAAGCAAAUAAAGGCCAAAGGAAAAGGAUUUCUGUGUCUGUGCCGUCUGAGGAUCCACAUGAUUGGGUGGGAGGGAAGAACCUUUUCCAGAGGGGUUUCCACCUCACUGUCUCCAAAAUCUUGGUCUUUGACCCAGUUCAUCAACAUUUGACUGCAGAAGAUGCCCUUGGACAACAGGAAAUCAAAAUCAAAAUCAAAAAUCACAGAGGUUGGAAAAGACCUCCAAAACUAUCCAGUAUUCCUUGAUGCCACCAGAAGAUAGGAUUGAAUGCAAAAGAAGUUUUGGGGUUGAAAGUUAAUAAAUCUGCUCUCCCCAAGGAAUUCUUAAUGUCCAUUUGCACCCCAAUAUUCCUGCCCUGCUUUCAUCCAGGUUCCUACAGGGAGCCAGGAAGAUGUGGAGCCUCCCAGCCAGGUGUCUUCCCAACACCGAUCACCAGGACCACGGAUCACCAGGGCUCUGCCCAAUGGGGGUCACUGGGGAUCAUCCAACGCCCAUCCUCCCAUGG